AAUGUUAAAAAUAUAAUUAGAAAAUAAAAGAAAAAAAAAAAAUAAAAUAUAAAAAUAAAAAUUUUUCCUCUUUUUUAAACUGCACAUGUUAAUUUUAUAUAUUUUUGUUCGUUUAAAUAAAAAUUUUCUUCAAAUAGCAAAAAAAGAAAAAAAAAAAAUAAAAAUUUAUUUUCUAAUCAAUUAAAUCUUUUCAUACCAAUAUACAUAUAACAAAUAAUAUUUAAAAGGAAUUUUAUUUUUACAAUAUUACUAUUGAAAAAUAAAACAUAAUUAGAAAAGAAAAUAAUAAAGAAAAAAAAAGAAAAUUAUGCAGAAAAUGAAUAAAAUUUUCAACAAAAAGGAUAUUAGAUGUAAUGAAAAUAUUAUACAUAUAUAUAUCUAGAUGUUUAAUCCUGAAAAAUUUCAAGUGUUUGUUAUAUAAUAAUAAAAUUUUUGAUAACAGGUUACUACAUAUCACAAAUGGAAUCGAGCACUUAGCAAUUAAAAAUUGAUGUUUAAAAAUCAAAAGCACUCAUUACACCCAGAUCAAAUUUCGACGUUAUCAAAGAAUAGAUUUUAAUAAUCAAAAAAAAAAAAAACUAAAAACAAACAUAAAAAAUUAAAAUAAACAUAAAAAUUAUAAAUAAAUAUGGCUAAUACUGCUCAACUCCUACGCAGGCAAAGUUCUAGGGAUUUACACUUAAGAACUCAAAGAAGUAUCGAUAAUCUAGAAUUAAAAGAACUACGUGGACGUUUAGUUAGAGCUGAAAAUGGUUCUAGAGAUUCAGUACCUUUAUAUGGUGCAACAAAUCAGGGAUUUAUAUCAGAUGAUAAGGAUCCAGAUAAAGACAAUGUUAUAUUUGGAGAUCCAUUGACCCCACCACCGCAACAGCAUCAAUCUCAAACUAUAACAAAACAACCAUCGACAAAUAUACCACUAGAGGAUAUAGUUCAAGAAGAAAAACAAGAAGAUGAACGUGAAAGUUGGGAUAGUAAAAUUAUGUUUUUACUUGCAACCAUUGGUUAUGCAGUUGGACUCGGAAAUGUUUGGAGAUUUCCGUAUUUAGCACAAAAAAAUGGUGGCGGAGCAUUUUUAGUUCCAUAUUUCAUUAUGUUAUGCAUUCAAGGUAUACCAAUUUUUUAUUUGGAAUUAGCCGUUGGUCAACGAUUACGUAAAGGAGCUAUCGGUGUUUGGAAUCAGGUAUCACCAUUUCUUGGUGGAAUUGGUAUAUCAUCGGCAGUAGUUAGUUUCAUAGUUGCAUUGUAUUAUAAUACCAUUAUAGCUUGGUGUCUAAUAUAUUUACUACACAGUUUCGAAUCUCCAUUACCAUGGGCCGAAUGUCCAACUCGUUUAUAUAAAAAUUUUACAUACGAUUACGAACCUGAAUGUGAAGCAUCAUCACCUACACAAUAUUACUGGUACAGAUCAACUUUAAUGUGUUCCGAUAGCGUUAAUGAGCCUGAACAAUUCAAUUACAACAUGGCCUUAGCAUUAAUAGUUUCUUGGUUUCUAGUUUAUAUCUGUAUGGUACAAGGAAUAACAUCAUCAGGAAAAAUUGUAUACAUGACAGCCCUGUUUCCUUAUGUUGUCCUAAUAAUAUUCUUCUUCAGAGGGAUUUCACUUGAUGGUGCGAAAGAUGGAGUCUUGCAUUUAUUUACUCCACGUUGGGAAAUAUUAUUAGAUCCCGUUGUAUGGCUUGAGGCCGGUACACAAAUAUUUUUCUCGUUGGGUUUAGCAUUUGGAGGACUAAUUGCGUUUAGCUCUUAUAAUCCAGCAAACAAUAAUUGCUUCCGUGAUGCAAUUCUAGUUUCAAUGACAAACUGUGGAACAUCAAUGUUUGCUGGGGUCGUGGUGUUCUCUGUGAUUGGCUUUAAAGCUCACAAAACCUACGAUAAAUGCUUGGAAGAUAGGAGACAUCUUACUGAAAAAAAUAUUACUUCAAAUUUACCAGAGUGUGAUUUACAAAAGGAGCUAGCUAACAGCGCUUCUGGUACGGGAUUGGCUUUUAUAAUAUUUACGGAAGCGAUCAAUCAAUUUCCCGGUGCGCAAUUAUGGGCGGUUUUGUUCUUCUUAAUGCUCUUUACAUUGGGAAUUGACUCCCAAUUCGGAACAUUGGAAGGUGUUGUAACAUCCUUAGUCGAUAUGAAACUAUUCCCAAAUUUGUCUAAAGAGCACAUAAUUGGAAUACUCUGUACUACAUGUUGCCUCCUAUCAAUGGGAUUUGCUCAUGGGGCCGGAAGCUAUAUAUUUCAAUUAAUGGACAGUUUUGCAGGAAAUUUUCCUUUGUUAAUAAUAGCAUUAUUCGAAUGUAUUUCAAUAAGUUAUGUAUAUGGUAUUAGAAGAUUUUCAGAUGAUAUAGAAUUAAUGACUGGAUCCCGUCCGUCCUUCUAUUGGAUGUUUUGUUGGAAGUAUUUAUCACCUGUGGCGAUGAUUACAAUUUUAUCAGCUAGUUUUUAUGAUUUAAUGACAAAUGGAAGCAGUUAUCCAGCGUGGAUUGCUGCUAAAGGGAUGACCGAAGAAAGUGAAUGGCCACAUUGGUGUCUAGUAACUGCAGCCUUAUUAAUAUUUUCGUCUAUAUUAUGGAUACCUUUUGUAGCUAUUGCAAGACUGUGUGGUUUUACAAUUGUCGAAGAAACAGAUCCUGCAUGGUUCCCUUCAGCCGAGUUAAAAGAAGUUCACGGUAUUGUACCACAUGAACCUACGGAUCUUGAAAGAACUUUAUUCUGUUUUAAUUCGGAUGGAACAGAAGGAUUUUGCUGUCCCACUUACGGUUUACCAGAAAAAACUUUAGAAGAAGAGGAAUAAAAAGAUUAUAUAAAAACAGGUAAAUGUUAUAAAAAUAUUUUAAUAUUAAUUAAUAUACUGAAUACAAAUUAAGCCCCAACGGAGUCCAUAUAAAUAUGCGCGCAACAAAACAAACAACAAAAGGAAAAAUUUUAAGAGAAAAUCAAUGCUCGAUAAAAAAAAUAAUUGUAGCUAUGUAUAUAACUUUAAAAUUAGUGUAAAAUACUGUUAUAUUUAGAGGGAACCACCGACUCACACGUGACCAGACAAUAACAUUGGUUUUGAAACAAACAUGCCUCUCAAAUUAUAAUUCUUCUGACCAAUUUAAUUAAAAUAAGUUUUAAACAAGAGCCCAUUUUGAUUCUUUUUUGAACUUGUACUUAUUUUGUAGUUAUGAUAAUUUUCUUCUAUUAGAUUAUAUAAUUAUUUCAAAAGACAUAUGAUUUUGAUAGCUCAUAUAUUGAGUACAUGAAAGUACUGUGUAUUUGUAUAAUUACAUAGCCGGUCUAAAAUAUAAAGAAUUUAUGUAUUUACAAUGCAUAUUGAAUUAAUAUCUGUUAUACAAUAUUACAAACCAUUUGCAAUCAACUACAAGAAACACUUCGGGUGAUACAAUUUUUAAGUGCAUUAUUCAUUAAAUAUAAAAUUAUCUCGAAAUAAUCAAUUUUUCAAAUUAUGUAUUUCAAUUACACAAUUCAAAAUAUUUCGCUAACACUUUAUGAAUUCAAAUCGAAUUUUAUGCAGCAACAUUAUAAUAUUAUAUAAAUACACAGUAAUCUCUAUUCUUUUAAAUACCAUAAUUUGUUUGUGAAAUAUUUUUAAAAAAGUUCACGUAAUAUAAAAUUUAAGAAAAAUAAUCAAUAUAUAUUUUAAUAUUAUUCGCUUAGUUGUACAUUAUUAAAAAUGUUAAAGCAUUUUUUAAGAACCUGUGUUAAAAAAUAUAUUAUAUUCUGUGAUUUUAACGAACUAAAUUCCUCCGGCAAUAUCCCUCUAAUAUCGUAAAUAAAUAAAUUAUAAAAUACGAUAUAAUUUUAAUUAAAUAUACGUAUAAAUAAAUAUCUCAUGUGUAAAAAAAUUAGAUGAUUUAAAACGUUAGAAAAAUAUAUUAAAAAUUCAUAAUAAUUCAAUAAUAGAUUCAUACUGCUCCAGUUUAAAUAAAUCUAGUUUUAUCAUAUUUUUGAUUUUCGAAAUUUUAUUUUUAAUGUACGCCAAAAUUGAAAUUUUAUUUAAU